AUGCCUGCUUCCACUACUACGGCCACAGCUACCACUACUACGACUACAGAAUAUGUGUUCUUCGAAGACUCUCUGUUUGAAGACAAAUACCUCUCUCCUGAGGUGCAGUCCAAUCUACAUGAAGGCUACAAAUUAUACCCUCUCAGAGCCAAUGAUUUCGAAAGAGGCUAUCUUGACGUUUUGUCUGUUCUGACCGAAGUAGGUGCUCAUACUGCAGAAACUUGGAACAGCCAGUAUCAAUUCAUGAAGAAGCACAAUGAUACUUAUUUCACAAUUACUAUCACGGAUGAAAAGACCAACCGCAUUGCAGCUACUGGUACUAUCUUGAUUGAGCAUAAAUUUGUGCACAAGAAUGGUCUUGUAGGCCACAUUGAAGACAUUGCUGUCGACUCGUCUCAUCAAGGCAAAAAGUUGGGUUUGCGAGUCAUUGAAGCACUCAAAUACAUUGGUGAAAAGACAGGCUGUUACAAAGUCAUUCUGGAUUGCGCUGCCAAAAACAUUCCCUUUUACGAGAAAUGUGGUUUUACCCCAAAAGAGAGUCAAAUGGCUUGGUAUAUCCCAUCCUCUGCUCCUGCUCAACAAGAGAAAUCUCAUUUAUAA